CAUAUAAAAGUAUUUUAUUCGUUUCAAGAAAAAAAAACAAAUAUCUUCAUAAUGAGCACCGAGGGCCCAGUUAAUGUUCGCGUGAGUGCCAACAAACGGAAGUUUGCCUAUGUUGACUUCACUAAGCAUCGUCUUCACGAAGGAGUAAACGAGAUAUUAAUUUCAGGUCUUGGAUCUGCAAUUGCCGAUGCUGUAUCUGUUACUGAGCUUCUGAAGAACCAGGGUCUUGUGGUGGUAAAGAAGAUUCAUACUUCCCGUGGUGAUGUCGAGGCAGCCAGGUUAAACUAUGUUGAUAAGAUUGAGAUCGUUGUUGGCAAGUCACCUGAUUUUGAUUCUAUUUAUAAGGAGCAGCAGCAGGCCCGAGAAGCGGCUGCAGCUGCAAGGAAGCAGUAAGCACUUGUGCAGAUUUGACUUAAAUAUCUAAUAUCUAAUUUAUUUAUAUAUAUAUAUAUAUAUGUUUUACAAAUGUUAAAGACAUUCAGAAGGAAGAAAGAUAUGCAGGAACACGGAUAUAAAAAGUAAAGAUGAAAAAUAUUGUUCACACUGGCCAAAAAAAAAUGACUGAGAACAGAAGAGAAUUGUACUGUUUUACGAAGUUCCCAGAUUUUUGUAGUAGCAUUUAAAAAAAUAGAAUCAAGUUUUGUCAGUAGCAUCUAUGCAAUAGCUUUUGGUUUUGUGUGUAUGCAAAUAUGUUAUUCAUCUA